AUGAUCGUGCUCUGGACCUCUCUGUUUCUACUUCUCUUCUCAGCUCUCGCCAUCGCUCUCCACAAGCUAUGGUGGACCCCGUGUCGCAUCCAGAGGACGAUGGCCUCACAAGGAAUCAGAGGCCCUCCUUACAAGCUCUUCUAUGGAAACACCCGGGAGAUCUUCCAGUUCAAGAAUGAAGCUUCGAGGGCAAAUUAUCUGAGCUGGUAUGGUCUUCUGCCUCGGCUGAUUGUGACAGAGCCUGAGCUGAUCAAAGAGGUGUUGAACAAUAAAGACAAGGCCUUUCCGAAACCUGAAACUGAAGGGUUUGUCAAGAAGCUUUUGGGAGAUGGGCUCGGGACGACGGAAGGCGAGAAAUGGGCGAAGCAGCGUAAGUUGGCGAAUUAUGCUUUCCAUGGGGAUAGCUUGAAAGGUAUGCUUCCAGCAAUGGUAGAUAGCGUCCACAUGAUGCUGGACAGAUGGAAAAAUCUACACGGCGAUGAGAUCGAGGUGUACCAAGAAUUUACAGUAUUGACUUCAGAAAUAAUUUCCAGAACUGCAUUCGGGAGCAGCUAUGUGGAAGGAAGAAAUAUCUUCGAGAUGUUAAGGAAGUUGACCUCGAUUGCGUCCAGAAUGCUUUCAAAAUACGAUUUCCAGGAAUCAGGUACUCUCUCUUCUUUCUAUUUUUCAGUUUAA